CUGCCCCCAUGUAAAGACUCGCAAAAAGUUAUUUCGUAUUAUACUAUAGCCGAUAUCGACAAUAUUUUGCUAGACUAAGUAGCGAUGAGCAACAUAUAUAUUCAGGAGCCUCCUACCCACGGAAAGAUACUCCUAGUAACAUCAGCUGGUGAUAUUGAUAUUGAACUCUGGUCGAAAGAGGCACCAAAAGCAUGUCGCAACUUCGUACAACUCUGCAUGGAAGGUUACUAUGACAACACAAUAUUCCAUCGUGUGGUGCAUGACUUCAUAGUACAAGGUGGAGAUCCCACUGGAACUGGACAUGGUGGAGAUUCAAUAUAUGGUAGUCCAUUCAAGGAUGAAUUUCAUACCCGGUUACGAUUCAGUCGCCGUGGUCUUGUGGCCAUGGCAAAUGCAGGACCAGAUGAUAAUGGAAGUCAGUUUUUCUUUACAUUUGGACCAACAGCAGAACUUCAAAGAAAACACACCAUUUUUGGAAAGGUGGUGGGAAACACACUGUAUAACAUGCUCAAACUUCAAGAUGUUGAAACUAACGAUGAUGAGAGACCACUUUACCCACAUAAAAUAGUCAAAACGGAGAUUUUGUCUAACCCGUUUGAUGACAUUGUUCCACGAGACAUCAAAAAAAUCAAGAAGGUUGCCGAUAAUGUGAAGAAGACUCAGAGCAAGUCAAAGGCUACAAAAAAUUUUAGUCUCUUGUCUUUUGGUGAAGAGGCAGAGGAGGAUGAGCAAGAAACAAACAUGGCAACAAAAACAAUGCGUGGUAAGAGUAAGAGCAGCCAUGACCUGAUCAACGACCCCAAACUGAGUUCAGUUCCAGCAGUUCAGAUGGAGGUAGAGGAAGACAAGAAGACGGAUACGAAGAAGAGGAAGAAAUCAGAUGACGAGGACACACCCAGCAAACCUGAAGAAGAUAUCUCUAAAGAAAUGGUUCAGAAGAAACUGAAGAAAGAGGAUAAAGAUAAAACUUUGACUUCUGACGAUGAAAAGAAGAUGCAUGACAAAAAAACAGAUCACAGGAAGUCAGAAGAGAAGAAACCAGAAGACAAAAAGAACAGCUUCCAAACAUCUGAUGAUAAAAAGUCUGAUUCUAAGCAUAUUGCUGAGACAAAGACAGACGUUAAAAAAGUUGAAGAAAAAAAGACAGACUCUAAAAAAGGUGUUGAAAAAAAGAUCAGUGAUAGACAUGAUAAGAAUGUUGAUUCCAAACAUGCGACAGAAAAAGUGGAGGAGAAGAAAGUGGAGGAUAAAAAGUCUUUAAGUCGUAGUGAAGAACUCCGAGCAGAAGUACGAAAACUACAAAAGGAACUGAGUGUUGCCAAGAAACAGAAGGAAAAGACAGAGAAAGAAGAAAAAGCUAAAGAUGUCGUUUCUGAAGAAAACACUAACUUAGAUGAGAUGCCCAAGGUAGACAUGUUGGCAGAAUAUAAACAGGAGCGACAAAAGUUUAAGGAACUGCGAAAACAACAACCAAAGGGUUCAAGCCGCGAGUCAGCUACACUAGAAUUGCUGGCCAAGUUCCAAGCUAAACUAAGUGCAGCUAAGAAACUUGCCUCUAACUAUUCGGAUGAUGAGGAGGAGGAGGAAACCAAAGAAGAGAAUGAGGAGGAGGAGGAUCCCAAUGAUAUUUCCUGGAUGUGUCACAAGCUGCGAUUUGUCGACAAGAGUCAUAAAGUGUUGGAUGCCAAUGUGACAGAUGCUGACAGGUAUGAGAUCUUUGACCCACGCAACCCCAUCACAAAGAGGAGAAGAGAGGCCAGCAAGCAAGCCAUGAAAGAGGGCAAACGUGAAAAGGACAGCAGACGAUAAUGUGAACUUUCCAGUUCAUGUUGAAACGUUUUAGUACGGCAGACAUGAAAAGAACAACAGACGCUAAUGUGAACUUUUCAGUUCAUGUUGAAACAUUUUAAAAGGAAAGACAUGAAAGGGACACCUGACAGUAAUGUAAACAUUCUAAUUCAUGUUGAAAUGUUUUAGAAGGGCAGAUGUGAAAAGGACAGCAGGCAGUAAUGUGAAUGUUCCAGUUCAUGUUGAAAUAUUUUAGAACGGCAAUGAGAAUAGGACAGCAGGCGAUAAUGUGAUCAUUCCAGUACAUGUUGAAAUGUUUUAGAAGGGCUUCCAAAGAAUGAACAGGCUCCCAAAUACUUUAUAGUGGCACAAAUUUCAAAAUAAUAGAUGCUGAUGAGGACAUCCAGCUUGCAGAUGACAUCCUGGUAACAGUAACAUUCCUGUGCAUGGCAACAUCUUGGUUUAUAACAAUGGAGGAGCUAGCUCAUACAAUUUAUGGUGGCAAAAAAUCCGCUUUCAGAGAUAGAAGUUCACAAAUGUUUUAAGAAAUUCGGGAUGUUUCUGCUACACUGGACCUGUAUCUGUUCCUGUUCGUUAAUGAAAAGCCUACAGAAACCCUGUUUUUCAUGACCCUGUAAUGUUUUCUAGAUUGUUUAAAACCAAGAUCCUUUCAUCUUUUCACUGUGACCGAGAAUGAGACAUUCAGCAAUUUGUGGUUGUGAAAAGAUCAAAGAGAUGAAUGUGUUUUGUCUACCUGUAACAUAGGAUGUAACAUUUGCUGAUGCAUUUUCAGUCAUUUUGUGUGUACAAUUCUGUUAUAUGCAGUUAUUCACAGAGAUUUGCCUUAUGAACUGGGACUAAAAAAUAUUACUGUUUCAGACUUGGAAAACAGAGCCUGGACUCUGGUCUCUAACUCAUAUAAUUGCUGUAAUAAUGGUAACUGCAUGAUUCUUUGAAAUAAUUUACAGAUGUGCAGGAUUUCAUAAUGGGGUACACCUGAGUUUGUUUUGAAAAAAAAUCAAUAUGUAAAAUUAAAUUAAACUACCUAACAUGGUGCUGUUUUUAACACUAUUUUUCAUAUAAGGGUGUAUACUCUAGAUAAAGAUGUAUUGUGUUUUUAUCUCUGUAACAAAGGUAAAAAUAAUUUGUUCUGAAUUUAUUAUUUUGAAGUACAAUAAAAUACCUUUCACAAUUAACGAAUUAAAACAUUAAAAAAGUU